CGGAUAAUGGAAUCCUUCUAAGCGUUUUGCUUCGAUCGAUGUUAUUAUUGGAAAAGUGACUGUUCCACUGGCCAACAUAUACGUGUAACAUACGUUUGCUAGUUAAUCUCGGGUAUAGUAACAAAAAAUGGAGAAAGAAAAUUAUUUGAAUAUUUCUUUUCCACCGGGAAUGAUAAAAUGACUUGGAGACUUGAACUUUUAUCAGGUCCGCCAUUGCAUUCCUAUUCCGAAAAUGCAAUUCGAUAAUAAAAUUCGGGAGAAAUAUAUACAUUCAUUGUAUCGUUAUCGAUCGCGAUCAUUCAACUCAUCAUCAAAGUUCCGUGUCUAAUGUAUUACAGAGAGGUAUGGUCAAGCACCGAGUUUACGUAUGCGCCUACGUAUAUGUGUAUAAUCGCAUAUAGAUGCGUGGUAUUUAUGUAACGUAUGCCUGUCAUGUGUAGUGGAAAGACCAGUAUAGUUUUCUGAUACAGAAGAAAAUCGAUCGAACGAGAAAACGAAUUCGAUUCGUUUGUGAAAAAAAUCUGUUAAUUUUCAUAGUAAAUAACAUAUGAGUGGCCGCAUCACCAGGAAGAAAGAAGGAACGGAAUUAAGAAAUCUCAAUAUGCGCGUUUUGCUUAACGAGUGAAAUGUAUGAUCCUCGUUAACAAAGUGUAGCAAAUGGAAGAUUUUAAAGUGAAAGAUGAACCAAUGGAUGCAUUAAACAUAGACAGUCAGGUUAUGGUAAACGUUUUCUAUGAAACAGCAGCACCAUACAAUACAAUGCUUCUGCAAGGACUCUAACUUAAAACCUUACUUUAAGGACGAAAACAUUGUAAGCGUUGUACUUAAAGAAGAACCUGGCGAUAGAUUCGAUCCCGACUACAUGGAGGACAUCUGCUCUGGUACAUUCGAGAAGGUAUUUUUACCUAUCGAACAUAAUGAAGUUGAUUUUUCUAAUGAAAUGGUGAAACUGGAAUUGGAUGGAGAAUCUAACAGUCAUCCAAAUUGGACAGCUCAGAUAGCUAAUGCAAAUCUAUGCGAUAAAGAAGAUGGAGCUAUUCAGAGAUGUUUGGCAAAUGCUAAUUUCACUCAGCCACAAGACACGGACAAACAUUCUGGGUUUUGCACGAAUGGACAACAACCAAAAUUUUAUAAAAUACAGUGUUCCAUUUGCAAGAAAUGGUUUUUGAAUAACGACUCGAUGGUUACACACUUAAGGAUGCAUUGCAGUGGUAGCCAAUGCGAAGUUUGUCAGCAAAACUUUCAAGACAGUUCAAGUUUACACGCUCACAUGUUAACUCAUGUUGGAAUGAGUCCGUUAGAGUGCAAUGUCUGUCAAAAACGGUUUGCUUACAAAUGGUGUUUGCGCAGUCACAUGCAAAUGCAUGUGCUGGAAAAGCCGUACGACCCUGAAGCAUUACAAGAGGCGUACAUGAAACGGCCGGAUUCUGAAAAUGGUCAGUCGAUCAGCGCCGAGGAUAGAAUAUUCGAAUGUGACGUUUGUCACGCAACUUUUAAGGAAAAACUCAGCCUUAAUCGUCAUGUGCUUACGCAUACCGAGGAAAGGCCGUACAAAUGCGAUAUUUGUUUUGCAUUAUUUCGUGAGAAAGCAAAAUUACAUACGCAUAUGACACUACACGGGGGCAAUAAACAAUUCAAAUGCACUAUGUGCCACAGGUCGUUUUCGCAGAAAACAGCGCUGAACAAUCAUAUGUUAGCGCAUAGCGGCGAGAAACCCCAUGCAUGCAAUAUUUGUGAAAAAACGUAUAAAAGGAAGUCAGAACUGAUACGGCAUACGAUGGUGCACACCGGCGAGAGACCGUACGAAUGUAAAGAAUGCUUAAUGACCUUUCGAGAAAAGGCAAAAUUGAAUUCUCACAUGCUUGUACACACAGGUGAGAAACCCCACGAGUGUCACAUUUGUCACAAAGCUUGUGCAAGAAAAUCAGAUCUUAAUAGCCACAUGUUACUGCACACCGGCGGCCAGUACGAUUGCAAAGUGUGCGAUAAAAUAUUUACACGGAGGUCGGAUUUAAAUCGGCACACUUUGAUACAUACAGGCGAAAAGCCAUUUGCCUGCGAGUUAUGCGAAAUGGCUUUUAGAGAGAAGACUAGGCUGAAUUCUCACAUGCUUAUACAUACCGGUGAUAAAAGGCACGCGUGUCACAUUUGCCAGAAAACGUUCAAAGAGAAGUCCUCGUUGCGGAAACAUAUGUUAAGUCACACCGGCGAUAGACCGUACGAAUGUUACGUUUGUCAUAAAGCGUUCACCCAAAAAACAACUUUAAAUAGCCACAUAUUAGUCCACGCAGGUGAAAGACCGUAUGAAUGUAGCGCAUGCCAGAAAAUCUUUAAAGAUAAGGCAACGUUGAAAAAGCAUUUAUCAGUGCACGUUAAUGAGAAAACACACGAGUGUCUGAUCUGUUUAAAAAAAUUUGCCCACAAAGCUGCAUUAAAUAGUCAUUUAUCGACAAAUCAUACGUCCUAAUUAGAGAGAUCUAGUCCAAUUUAUUUGUGCUUUUAGUUUAUUUUUAUUAAACACCUGCGUACGUCUAUAGUUGCAUAACGAUGAUUAUGUGUACGUAUAUACAACUGUUUUAUAUGCUCACUCGAUCCAAACAGUCGCAUACUUUCCUGU